UAGAUCGCCGACGCCGACGCCGACGACACCCCCAUGCUGCUGUGCUAGCAUUGCUAAUUCCACGACCGCGCGUUAGAACCGAGUCCUGCCCACCCGCUCCCCGCAGCCACGACGAAGCGCAGAAGUCCUUUCGAGCAACCCAAACUGCCAUGCCCCCCGGUUAGCCUUUCGCGAUCCAUCACCAGCACGAUGCCGCACGAGGAGACCUCGGCGGCUGUCGCCAGCAUACUGUCGAAUUUCGCGAAACAAUACACUCCGCUGGACGCAGACUCGUUCCCCGCCUCUGCUAUUGCCAAUGGAGUCAAGAGUAAUAAAAUCACCUUGCCUGGCGAGGACACCGUGGAGAAGCGAACUCUGGAACGGGAGUUGACAAACCUCUCGACACGCAUACAGUUUCUCGAGACGAGAGCGCACAGCGGGCUCAGCUCGCUGCCCAUGACCCCCAAUGAGCCUGUAACUUCCGCCUUCAUUACCGAGAAUGCCUCGUCUCCCAAAGGAGGUGCGCUCAACCCAUUGAACCCGCGGCAGCGUUCCGCCUCAUGGGUGAACAGCCUCCUGGCGAAGAAUGAGGGAGAACCACAGCUGAGACAGCUCACCGAGGAGCAAUUCACGGUGCUGAGGGAGCACAUCGAUCAGCAAGCGCAAGAGAUCAAGACACAGAAGGAGUUUAUUGAUGGGAUCAAGGCGCAACUCACGCAUCAGCAGACUGCUACACGCGCAGCGCUCGAUACGCUGGGAAACUCGCAAUCUAUUGAGCAGCUCAAGCGAGAGAUUGAGAAGAAUGCACAAAUCAAUGCGACGUACCAGAAGGUGCUACGAGAGAUUGGCACCAUCAUCACGGCUGUGGCCAAUGGAGAUUUGAGUAAAAAAGUGCUCAUUCACGCAACCGAGAAGGAUCCUGAGAUUGCAAGAUUUAAGCACACUAUAAAUCAAAUGGUGGAUCAGCUGCAAGAGUUUGCCAGUCAGGUCACCAACUUGGCAAAACAAGUAGGCACUGAGGGUCGAUUGGGUGGCCAAGCCGUUGUCCCUGGAGUGGACGGCAUCUGGGCAGAACUUACGCAGAACGUGAAUGUGAUGGCGCAGAACCUCACCGAUCAGGUCCGCGAGAUUGCCGUGGUCACCACAGCAGUGGCCCAAGGUGAUCUGAGCCGCAUGAUUCAACGACCGGCCAAAGGUGAAAUCUUCCAGCUACAGCAGACUAUCAAUGCCAUGGUGGGACAAUUACGAACAUUUGCCACCGAAGUGACGAGAGUCGCUCGUGAUGUCGGCACUGAGGGUCUCCUCGGCGGACAAGCGCAAAUCGAGGGCGUGCAAGGCAUGUGGCAUGAUCUCACGAUCAAUGUCAAUGCCAUGGCCAACAACCUGACGGCACAAGUACGUGACAUUGCAGAAGUGACGACCGCUGUGGCCAAAGGCGACCUUACACAACAAGUCAAAGCGCAAUGUAAAGGCGAGAUUCUGGCUCUGAAGACGACGAUCAAUUCCAUGGUGCACCAACUCCGGCAAUUCUCGGCGGAGGUGACGAAUUUGGCGCGUGAGGUCGGCACAGAAGGACGAUUGGGAGGGCAAGCAACUGUGCAUGGCGUCGAGGGCACGUGGAAGGAUCUGACAGAAAACGUGAAUGGCAUGGCCAUGAACCUGACAACUCAGGUGCGCGAGAUUGCAGAAGUCACGACUGCAGUCGCCCAAGGAGACUUGACGAAGAAAGUGCAAGCUGAAGUGCAAGGCGAAAUUUUGGCUCUCAAGAACACCAUCAAUACUAUGGUGGACAGACUGGGAACGUUCGCCAGCCAGGUAUCCCGAGUGGCGAAAGAGGUCGGAACAGAAGGUGUGCUGGGUGGACAAGCCCGAGUCGAGAACGUCGAGGGCGAGUGGAAGACUCUCACUGACAAUGUCAACACGAUGGCAAACAACCUCACGGGACAGGUGCGCAGUAUUUCCGACGUCACACAAGCGAUUGCACGAGGAGAUAUGAGCCAGAGAAUCAAGGUUCAUGCUCAAGGAGAAAUCCAGACCCUAAAGGACACCAUCAACGACAUGGUCACGAGACUGGACGCAUGGUCUCUGGCGGUAAAACGAGUAGCACGCGACGUCGGCGUCGAUGGCAAGAUGGGAGGCCAGGCCGAGGUCGAUGGCAUCACCGGUCGCUGGAAGGAGAUUACGACGGAUGUCAACAUUAUGGCCCAGAACUUGACUUCUCAAGUGCGAGCUUUUGCUGACAUCACCCACGCUGCCAUGAAGGGCGACUUCACCAAGAUGAUCAACGUCGAGGCGUCUGGUGAGAUGAACGAGCUGAAAAACAAGAUCAACAAGAUGGUACUCAACCUGCGCGAAAGUAUCCAGAAGAACAAUCAAGCAAGGGAGGCUGCCGAGUUGGCCAACAAGACGAAGUCAGAAUUCCUGGCCAACAUGUCUCAUGAAAUUCGCACGCCCAUGAAUGGCAUUAUAGGCAUGACCCAAUUGACACUGGACACUGAGCUGGAGCAGAACCAGCGCGACAUGUUGAAUAUCGUCUUCUCGCUCGCCAACAGCUUACUCACCAUCAUUGACGAUAUCCUGGACAUUUCCAAGAUCGAAGCCAACCGCAUGAUCUUGGAGGAGGAGCCCUUCUCGUUGCGCGGACUGGUCUUCAACAGUCUGAAAUCCCUUGCAGUACGUGCCAAUGAGAAAGAUAUCAGCUUGAUAUACGACACGGACGCAUCCGUGCCCGACUACAUUGUGGGCGACUCGUUCCGACUGCGACAGAUCAUUCUGAAUCUGGCAGGAAAUGCCAUUAAAUUCACCGAGCACGGAGAAGUGCGCGUGAAGAUCUUCUCGGAUACGUCGGUGCAAUGCGGAGAAGGCGAGGUCGUGGUGAAGUUUGCGGUUGCGGACACGGGCAUUGGCAUUCAUUCCAACAAACUGGACCUCAUUUUCGACACAUUUCAGCAGGCCGACGGAUCGACGACACGUAAAUUUGGUGGCACUGGACUGGGGCUGUCCAUCUCACGGAGACUGGUGACACUGAUGCGUGGGAAGAUGUGGGUCGAGUCCUCGUAUGGCUCUGGCAGUACAUUCUUCUUCACCUGUGUGGCUCGGCUGGGCAACCCGGACGUGCACAAAGUCAUGCCACAGCUGCAGCAGUACCGAAAGCACAAUGUGCUGUUUGUGGAUAAUGGUUUCAUCGAUAACUCCGAGCAAAUAUCGGCGAGCAUUCGCGCGUUGGAUCUGGUGCCUUGUGUGGUUGGAAAUGGCAGAACACCUCCAUCCGAGCUCAGCCCCCAGGAUCAGUACGAUUGUGUCAUAGUGGACAACACCGAGACUGCUCAGAAGCUUCGCGGGCUCGAGCGCUUCAAGUACAUCCCUAUUGUGAUGCUUGCACCGGCGAUAUCUGUCAAUUUCAAGACGGCGCUGGAGAAUGGCAUUUCAAGUUACAUGACCACGCCCUGCCUACCGAUUGACCUGGGCAAUGCGCUUGUGCCCGCAUUGGAGGGCCGCGCUGCUCCCAUGUCGGCGGACCAUACAAGAACGUUUGAUAUUCUGCUGGCCGAGGAUAAUGCGGUCAACCAGAAGCUCGCUGUCAAAAUUCUGACGAAACAUAACCACAAGGUUACGGUGGCAAACAACGGCUUGGAGGCCUUCGAGGCGAUCAAGAAGAAGCGUUUCGAUGUCGUUCUCAUGGACGUUCAGAUGCCCAUCAUGGGAGGCUUCGAAGCCACGGCCAACAUUCGAGAGUACGAAAAGACCCAUGAAUUGGCUCGGUCACCUAUCAUCGCACUCACUGCUCACGCUAUGCUUGGGGAUCGGGAAAAGUGUAUCCAGGCACAAAUGGACGAAUAUCUCUCCAAGCCACUGAAACCACAGCAGCUCAUCCAGACUAUACUGAAGUGCGCGACUCUGGGUGGAGCGUUACUCGAACGGAAAGGCGAUAGUCGUGGCUCCAUUCAUGUCGAAGAGGCAGCACCGACGACUGGAGCGUCCACUUCCGAGGGCAGCUCCGACCAGAGCAGACUGGCAGCACCGAAGAGGCCUAAUAUGACCCCACGAGGUGCGACAGACGUCGGACCCGCUGGACUGGAGAGUCCCGCAAUCGUUACUGCCGACCAGGACGAUCCCAUGACACGGGAAGCGUUGCUCCGUGCGAAUAGCAGCUGAUCGAACGCACCAGUUACGGUUGCAUCUUUGUUUAAGGUCUCUUGGUAUAGUAAUAUAUGCUGGACAUCAAGCUUGCAUAUUGCAGCAUUGGCCACCACGCAGCAUGAUGAGCAUGUGCUCGAUGUCUGCAGUCUUUUUUCGGCAUAGACAGUGCACUCUUUUGGCACUGUAUCAUCGCGGAGGAUCUAUUGCUGCCGCCUUUGCGGUUGGGGAGGUGCAGUGUUUGCGAGUGCGAUUCGCCUAAGAAUGGCAUGGACGGGGUCCUGGUGGGUGGGAUGAGCGCUGUGUUGAUAUUGGAUAUGAUACUUACGCAUUCAGAGAGAAGAGCAUUUUCCCUGCGAUUGACAAUCUUUCCGCUUCCAUUCAACCGCUCUGCCACUAGCGGAGAGCAGUGAAUUGGAUCACGCGAGACCGCGAGGAGCACCGGUUGUGAUUAAAGUUUAUACAGCAUGCGGUUCAUUCAAAGUCUAGACCCGUGCCGGCCGUCCUUCCCGUCCGUUCAGUAAUCCAACCCUUCCCCGACCUCCCUGCGUUCC